CAGAAUUAAACCUCACCAUGUUCUGCCUUAAAGGAGAGCUUCACAACAAGCUGCCAGAAUGAUGAAAACAACAUCUCCGAGCUUCAAUCUCUCGCUGAUAAAUCAUGUGUGAAAGGAAGACACAGCGAGAAAAUGGCUUCUCACAAGUCAAAGACUGGCAUCAAGAUAAAUGCUACAAAGGCAGAGCAGGAAUCCAGUCCAGUGGAUGAAUAUGUCACACCUGGGGGCUAUGAGCUGGAGAAAAUCCUAAACCGUGGGAGUGUUGCUUACACUCAUGUCAACGAGGUCUGGCCUAAUGUCUAUAUCGGGGACGAGCAGACUGCAAAGGACAAGUGUAAUUUGAAGAGGUUGGGGAUUACGCACAUCUUGAACGCAGCAGAGGGGACGUGGAACAAUGUGGACACUGGAGCUGGUUACUAUGGUGACAUGGACAUGGUGUACUAUGGCGUGGUAGCAGAAGACGUCACAACCUUUAACCUCAGCCAGUAUUUCUUCUCUGCAGCUCGGUUCAUAGAAGAGACAUUGAGCAAUCCUCAGAAUCAGCUGCUGGUGCACUGUGUGAUGGGAAGGAGUCGCUCCGCCACACUUUUCCUCGCCUACCUCAUGAUCUGUGAGAACAUGACUGUGGUGGAGGCAAUCGAGCACGUGAAGAGCCGCAGGAGGAUCAUCCCCAACUGGGGCUUCCUGAAACAGCUGAGGGAGCUGGACAUGCAGCUCCUGGAGAAAUAGGAAUAGCAGAAACCUGCGUAGGACUCAUGGGGCGAGUUCAGCCUCAGGUCGAGCCACGAGUGACAAAUUCAAGUCUAGGCUCAAGUCAUUUUAUUCCAAUUUAGGCCUCAAGUCCAAGUUGACUUUCAAGUCAUUUGUAAAGAGUCGGGUCUCAAGUCGAGUUUCUAAUGUAAUGAAGAAUAGUCCAAGUCAACUUUAAGUUAUGGGAGACAAAUUAAGCUAAAAACAAGUGUAAAAGUCUCGAGUCAUGUUACAAAUCCAAGUUACUAAAUUACGAGUCAUGUUGAGAGAUUGAUCUCUGAAUGCUUUCCAUGUAAAUGACACAGCAUUUUAGCAUAUUCAAUGUAAAGUUGUAGCAACCAUAUGUAUUGUAAUCUUGAGGUUUACAAAUUAAAUACUUGAUGUGCAUGGGUAUGCAAGGCCUCCCUGUUGUUGCAACAAUAUUUAGAAUUUUCUAAACUUUUCUGGGAUUUUACAAUUUAGAUGUGAAUGACUCCUGUUGUCAGGUUUCAGUGCGGUCAAGCUCACCUUCCCGUCAUAUUUUUUCUAUUUAAUAUUUUUCUUUCUAUUGUAUACAUACUUUUCUGCAGGGAGAACAGCUGCGUGGAUCUGUCAUUGCCUCUUCAUUCUGAAACGCCUCCAGCUAGUAAAUGUUUCACAUUAAAGGAGAAC